CCCGUUAGCCGAGCUCAGUCGCCGAAGAACCUUAGAACCGAGCAGUCGCCAUGCGAGCUCGCGCGUUCCCACCAGCAACCUCAAUUCGAUUCGGGUUCGGAAUCAAAAUCGGAAUAGUGAGUGCGCCAGUGUUGGGAAGUGGAAAGUAGAACGCGAACGCGAAUACGAAUACGAGAGGUCCUGAAGGAAAGUAAAGUGCAGAGCGUGGGGCAACUUCCGAGUGCGUUUGUGUGUGUGUGCAUCUGCGUAUGUGUCUGUCCAUGUCUGCGUGUGUUGCAGGCCAAAGAAAGUAAAAUACGAAAAUAGAAAUAGAAAUAGCGGUGAAGUAGUGCAGCACGCAGCACACGUGCGAUUACAUAAAGCCCACAAAUCAUCCCAACUAUCUCCGAACAUCCUGCUAGCCACACCGACAAACAAGCCAGCGAGCAAACAACAAUUAACCGCAAAUGUUUAAAGUUCAGACGCAUCGCAAAAUGUAAAGCAAUAAUCAGCUCAACAAAGCCAAAAAGCUCACAAUAGAAGCAGAGGAAGACGGCGCUGGAGGAGGCGGUGCUGGCGGGGCAGCUGAGGAGCCGGGGCGAUGCCAAAUGCCAUUAUUGGAAACUGUCGUAGUCAUAAGAUUUGCAUAGCAUAGCAAUAGGCAUCAUGAAAGGCCCAAGCGUGAUAAGCACCACAAAAAGAACAACAACAACAGAAAUAACAACAACAAAUAAAAAACUGUCUCAAGCAAUACCAAUACCAAUGCAAACUACAAUAACGGCGAAUGCGAGAGCUCACAAAAUGGUUAACAAAGGGAACACUGACAAUAUUAACGGUGAAAACUGAGCCAGAUACUCUAUUAUGCAGAUAUUCGAGCGCGCGAAGGACAUGCAGCUGCCCUAAGGAUAACUCAAGCAACGGCAACGGCAACGGCAACAUCUACCUUCCACAGAUAGUGGCAGCAGCAGAGGCAGCAGCAGCAACAACAAACCCAACGACGACAAUCAGUCAAGAUGAGUGAUGAUCAAACAGCGUCCAACGAUGAGAAAGCUGUCGCCAAGCACCAAGUCGUCGCGUACACGCAAAAGUCGCAGGUCAAGCACGAGAACCGGCACAUCCAGCUGGUGCGGGAGUACGGCUUCCAUCCGCGCACCAAGGCCUCCGUGGAGGAUGGGGACGUGCUGCCCCGCAAGUUCGAGCCCUUUCCGGAGCACAUGUACGGCAAGCCGCUCGAGGAGAUUGACACCUUCAUCUACGAGGAGACGUUCUGUGUGGUGUCGAAGCGAUUCCGAAAAAACUAUAUCCACCGCUUCACUGGCACUAAGAGCCUAUUCCUCUUCCAUCCCUGGAGCCCGGCGCGCCGCGUGUGCGUCUAUAUCGCCACCAACCAGUUCUUUGACUACUGCGUUAUGGCGACCAUCCUGUUCAACUGUAUCUUCCUGGCCAUGACGGAGACGGUGGAGGAGGCGGAGUACAUCUUCCUGGCCAUCUACAGCAUCGAAAUGGUCAUCAAAAUAAUAGCCAAAGGCUUCUUGCUCAACAAGUAUACGUACCUGCGCAAUCCGUGGAACUGGCUGGACUUCGUGGUCAUCACCAGUGGCUAUGCCACUAUCGGAAUGGAGGUCGGAAACCUGGCCGGGCUGCGGACCUUUCGCGUUCUGCGCGCCCUCAAAACGGUGUCCAUCAUGCCGGGUCUGAAGACGAUCAUCAACGCACUGCUGCACUCCUUCCGGCAGUUAGCAGAGGUCAUGACCCUGACAAUCUUCUGCCUAAUGGUGUUCGCUCUGUUCGCCCUGCAGGUCUACAUGGGGGAGCUGCGGAACAAGUGUGUGCGCCAGGUGCCAUCGGACUGGACGAACGUCUCGCACUCGGACUGGCAGAUCUGGGUCAACGACACUGACAACUGGCUCUACGACGAAGAGGAGCUGCCCGUUUUGUGCGGAAACCUCACGGGGGCGCGACACUGUCCCAUGGAAUAUGUGUGCCUCUGCGUGGGGGAGAAUCCCAACCAUGGGUACACCAAUUUCGACAACUUCAUGUGGUCCAUGCUUACCACCUUUCAGCUGAUUACCCUGGACUACUGGGAGAACGUUUACAAUAUGGUCCUAGCCACCUGCGGUCCCAUGAGCGUCUCCUUCUUCACGGUGGUGGUGUUCUUUGGAUCCUUCUACCUGAUCAACCUGAUGCUGGCUGUAGUGGCUUUGAGCUACGAGGAGGAGGCUGAAAUAACGAAUGAGGAGCGCAAGAAAGACCUGCUGGACCACCGUGACGACUCGACCUUUAGCUUUGACCCUUCGGUGUUGAGUGUGAAAAAGCUUAACAAGAACAACAAGAAGAAGAUUGACUCAAGGAAGGGUGUCCUUUUGGCCUCCUACAGCAAAAAGAAGACCCGCCGAAAAAAGACAAAGGGCGGCAAGGAAGCGGGAGCCACCAAUGGCAACGGAAGCGGAAGCAACGGCAACGAACCCGGUAAGUCCCAGUCGGCCACUCCGAGUCCAGGACCGAGCCCACGGCACAGCACCUCGGAUCGCCCCUCGGCCCUAGCGCUGCAGGCCCAGAAGCAGUACCAGCAAAUGGAACAGGCCAAGGCCAGCGGAGCAGCCGCAACCACUGCCACCACUGCACCCACGCCCAAGGCCAGGAUCAGUUUUCAAGACAGCGGUGUGGGCGUGGGAGUUAAGAACCCCAACAUGCUGUAUCCAUCCGACUACAAGGGCCAGCUCAUCGUCAGCAGCCGGCAAACCAGCUCCAACUCAAGUGGCGUGAAUCGCGAAUCCUCGCAGGAUGACUCGGGCGUUGUGGAUGACCACGAGGAGCAGGACACGGCGAACGAGUUGGGGCAUGUGUCCACCGUUGAGCUGGCUCUCUCUCCGCGCGAAGUGCGCCUCAUAAAGUGCAAUGGAAACAUAGCCAGGAUCAAGAACCACAACGUAUAUGCGUUGCACCAGGAGUUUUCCUCAGAGGUGGUGGUAAUCGAUGAUCUUCCUGAUCGAAACUGUGACCGCUGCGUUCAUUGCUGCACUGACUACGAGAGCUGGCUCCAGUUCCAGAACUGCCUGUACAAAGUGGUCCGGGAUCCGCUGUUCGAACUGGCCAUUACCUUGUGCAUAGUGCUGAACACCGCUUUUCUGGCCAUGGAACACCACGGGAUGAGCGAGAGCUUCCGCAAUGCCCUCGAUGUGGGCAAUAAGGUCUUUACGUCCAUUUUCACCUUCGAGUGUAUCGUUAAACUGAUGGCUUUGUCCAAGGACUUUUUCCUGUGCGGCUGGAACAUCUUCGACCUGCUCAUUGUGACUGCCAGCCUCCUGGACAUCAUCUUCGAGCUGGUGGACGGUCUCAGUGUGCUUCGUGGACUACGAUUGCUAAGGGUAUUGAAGCUAGCGCAGUCGUGGACCACAAUGAAGGUGCUGCUGAGCAUUAUCAUCUCGACAAUCGGUGCCCUGGGUAACCUCACGCUGAUCCUGGUCAUAGUCAUCUACAUAUUUGCUGUCAUCGGAAUGCAAUUGUUCUCCAAAGACUACACACCCGAGAAGUUUGACCCGGAUCCAGUGCCAAGAUGGAACUUCAACGACUUCUUCCACUCCUUCAUGAUGAUAUUUCGCAUUCUGUGCGGAGAAUGGAUCGAGCCCCUGUGGGACUGUAUGCGUGCCGAGGAGGAGCAAGGAGCCUCCACCUGUUUCGCCAUCUUCCUGCCGACGCUGGUGAUGGGGAACUUCAUGGUGCUCAACUUGUUCUUGGCCUUGUUGCUCAACAGCUUCAACUCCGAGGAGCUCAAGUCGAAGAAAGAGAUUUUCAAGAAAAAGGAGGUGGGCGAGGAAUCGAAGCUGGCCAGAAGCAUCGAGCGAGUGCGCGACCUGAUCCGCAAGAAGCGGCAGGAGCGCAAGGACCGCAAGGAGCGCAAGUAUGCGGAAAAGUUCAAGCAGAUCGUCCUGGAGGCCCAGCAGCAGGCUCACUCCCAGGCCCAGUCCGAUCAGGCCGUGGGGGUGCUGGAGCGGGGCGACAAGUCUGGUGGCGGUGUGCUGGUCGAGACAAAGUUCCACAGACUGAGCUACCAGGAGUCUAUGAAUCGUCCUGUUUCUGGCUCGGAUUUCGGCUUUCAGAUUCCCCUCAGAGACGGCCUGCACACCAUAGUCGAUGGCCUCGAGUACGAGGACACUAACGGCCUGCCGGAGCAGAUCCAGAUACAAGACCACCCACUGCCACCGAAUCCGGACUCGCUGCCACCCACCUACGAGACCGCCAUGCUGACCGCCGCCGUCGCCUCCGCGUGCCCGUCAUCGAAUGGAAACGGACACAACCUGACACCCUAUCGACUCCAGCACCAGAUCUCCUCAGGGGUGAGCACCCAGCAAAACGACUCCCGCGACGAGGCCACCUACACGGAGUCCAUUGAGCUGCGGCUGCUGGGCCAGUACAACUCCACGGACACGGAUCCCUAUGCCAACGAUCAGAGAAGUGGCUGUGGCUCCUUCAACCGGGGCGACUCCCUGCAGGACAGGAGCUGCGAUGAGCACGACGAGGCCUAUCUGAAGUACCAAAAGUCCUUGCUGACGCGCUCGCCCAGCUACCGAAAGUCCCUAGAUCGCCUGUCACAGUCUAGCGGGCAGUCGCAGCGAUCGCUCCUCAAAUCCGAGGAGGCCGAGCUGCGGCGGCACUCCCUCAGCGGCCACUCUCUGAACUCCAUUUCCAUAGAGCAGGACGAGCUGCUGUCGCAGCAGGGUAAUCUCCGCGAGGAGUUGCUUAACUGUGACCAGAAGGAGCUCUUUCAGUUUCUGCAGCUGGAUGAAGACGAGCUGAAGGGCAGCAACCUUAGCUGCAUCUCCAGUGCCAUGCGAUCGCGACGCUCCUCCGGCCAGAUGGGCGGUCACCCCUCGGAGACCGAGCCCUCGGAGUUUGACAAUAUAAUACAGAGUUUCGAGAAGGAGCUGGAGGAGAUCAAGCGCUCCACUACGUCGCUGGAGCGGAAGCUGUCCACCCUCUCGGAGCCGUCGCCGGCUGCCGACGAGGCCACCAAGGCUAUUAUGGACCACAUUGCCAUCAUUACGGGGGCCUCGGACCGCACGGCAGCUGACGAGGUGGUGCACCCGCUAAACCCAUAUGACAGCUACGAUUUGUCCAGCGUCCCCCGACGCUCCCAGUCCGUUAGUUCCGCCGCCCAGCGCCAAUCCGUGAAGCUGAAGCGGCGCAGUCUGGAGAAGCAGCGCAAGAUUGACGAGGACUUCAGCAUUUCGAACGAAAUCCGUAAAAUCUGUGAUCAAAUCCACGCACCCUUUGCGGCCAUGGAGGCCCUGGCGGUGGCGGCCACUAGCCAGACUGCCUCCCAGCCCAGUAGCCAGUCGCCCUUCCUGCGCAGGAAGAUCGACCCCUUUGCGGUGCAGUUUGAUCGCUUCAAGCGGCUGUCGCUGAUCGAGCGGGUGGAGGAGCUGCCGGAGGACGAGAAGCCCAUUUCUACGCUGCGCAUCGAGUCGGAGAAGAUGCCGCGAAAGUUUCUCCCCGGCCACCUGGACAGCCUUUCGCUAAAGAGCACUUCGUCGUACGAGAACCUUCUCCUCCAGAAACAGAAGCUGGUGCCCGCUACGCCACCCACCUCCUUGAAAUCGAGCAUUGAGCCUCCGACACUGGCGCAAAUUUCAUCGCUCAAGGCCACCCCGCCGCUCGCUGCUCUUACGGAGCACCAGCAGCACUUCCAUGCCACCAGCCUCCAGCAGGCACAAGCACCUUCCACUCAAGGCCCGCAGGCACCGCAUCCGCACGCACGUAGGAGCCGCCCGGAGCAUCCACAACCGAGUCUAGACAAAGCUGCCUCUUUCCAGUCGGCGCGCACCGAAUCGCACAGCUCGGGAGCAGCUGAGACCAGUUCAGCCCUCGGCCUGACCCUGAAUCUGGGCCAGAAGACCCCUCAAGACUGCCAAUCAAAGUUAGAGCAGGCCAUAGCUUCGGAGCCGACACAGAAGCCGUCGGCGUUCUCGCGACUGACUGAAAAACCAUGGCAUUGUCUGGUUUCCUACGUAGACGAUCUCACCGUUGGUGGGAGGCGUAACUCGCAGGGAGCCUACAAUGAUCCCAUGACUUUUCCGAGCUUCGGGGCCACCAAGGCGCCCAAGGUGCCCGACGACUGCUUCCCGCAAAAGUGCUACGAUCACUUCUACUUCCGCUGCCCCUGGUUCAUGAGCUGCAUGGACACGCAGAGCGCCAAGCACUGGACUCGGGUGAGGACAGCGGUCUUGACGGUUGUCGAUACUCCGGCCUUUGAGUGGUUCGUCCUGGUGCUGAUCUUUGCGUCGAGUAUCACGCUCUGCUUCGAGGACAUUAACCUGGACAAGAACAAGACCCUCAAGCGCGUUCUCUACUGGAUCAACUUCUCCUUCUGCCUGAUCUUUGUCGUGGAGAUGAUUCUGAAGUGGCUGGCGCUGGGCUUUUCCAAGUACUUUACCAGCUUCUGGACCAUACUCGACUUCAUCAUAGUCUUUGUCUCCGUGUUCUCGCUGCUCAUCGAGGAGAACGAAAACCUGAAGGUACUGCGAUCCCUACGCACCCUACGAGCACUGCGUCCUCUGAGAGCCAUAUCUCGGUGGCAAGGAAUGCGGAUUGUAGUAAACGCUCUCAUGUAUGCAAUACCAUCAAUUUUCAAUGUCCUUUUGGUUUGUUUAGUUUUUUGGUUGAUCUUCUCAAUAAUGGGUGUUCAGUUUUUUGGUGGUAAAUUUUUCAAGUGCGUCAAUGAGUUGGGCGAGUUGCUGCCCAUCACUGAGGUGAACGACAAGUGGGACUGCAUCGAGCAGAACUACACCUGGAUCAACUCGAAGAUCACCUUCGACCAUGUGGGCAUGGGCUACUUGGCCCUGCUGCAGGUGGCCACCUUCGAGGGAUGGAUGGAGGUGAUGGCCGACGCCGUGGAUGCCCGGGGAGUGGACCUGCAGCCGCAGCGGGAGGCCAACCUAUAUGCGUAUAUAUAUUUUGUUAUUUUUAUUGUCUGCGGCUCGUUCUUUACUCUCAAUCUGUUCAUUGGAGUUAUCAUUGAUAACUUCAACAUGCUCAAGAAGAAGUAUGAAGGAGGAGUGUUGGAAAUGUUUCUCACCGAAUCUCAAAAACACUAUUACACGGCUAUGAAAAAAUUGGGACGAAAGAAACCACAGAAAGUUAUUAAGCGACCUAUAAAUCAUUUUUUAGCUAUGUUUUAUGAUUUAUCCAAUUCGAGAAGGUUCGAGAUCGCGAUCUUUGUACUGAUUUUUCUCAAUAUGCUAACCAUGGGCAUCGAGCACUACGACCAGCCCCACGCGGUCUUCUUCAUCCUGGAAGUGAGCAACGCCUUCUUCACCACCGUGUUUGGACUGGAGGCCAUUGUCAAGAUCGUGGGUUUGCGCUAUCACUACUUCACCGUGCCCUGGAAUGUGUUCGACUUCCUGCUGGUGCUGGCCUCCAUCUUUGGCAUCCUGAUGGAGGACAUCAUGAUCGACCUGCCCAUCAGCCCCACGUUGUUGCGCGUGGUGCGAGUGUUCCGCAUCGGUCGCAUCCUGCGCCUGAUCAAGGCGGCCAAGGGCAUACGGAAGCUGCUCUUCGCCCUGGUCGUGUCCCUGCCCGCCCUCUUCAACAUCGGAGCCCUGCUGGGACUGAUCACGUUCAUCUACGCCAUCCUGGGCAUGUCGCUCUUCGGCCACGUCAAGCUCCAGGGAGCCCUCGACGACAUGGUGAACUUCCAGACGUUCGGCCGGAGCAUGCAGUUGCUCUUCCGGCUGAUGACCUCCGCCGGGUGGAACGACGUGCUGGAGUCGCUCAUGAUCCAGCCGCCGGACUGCGACCCCUUCAUCCUAGGCCAGACGAACGGCGACUGCGGCCACCCCCUGCUGGCCAUAACCUACUUCACCAGCUUCAUCAUCAUCAGCUACAUGAUAGUGAUAAACAUGUACAUAGCCAUCAUCCUGGAGAACUUCAACCAGGCGCACCAGGAGGAGGAGAUCGGCAUCGUCGAGGACGACUUGGAGAUGUUCUACAUUCGCUGGUCCAAAUAUGAUCCACAUGCCACCCAAUUUAUACACUUCUCGCAACUGUCCGAUUUUAUUGCCUCUCUCGAUCCACCAUUGGGCAUCUCGAAGCCCAAUAAUGUCGCUCUAGUGUCAUUUAAUCUGCCCAUUUCGAAGGGCAAUAAAAUACACUGUCUCGAUAUUUUGCACGCGCUCGUGAAGCACGUGCUAGGUCAUGUCGAGGAGACCGAUAACUUCAAACAGUUGCAGGAACAAAUGGAUGUCAAGUUUAAGAAACAGUUUCCAACGCGCAAAGAAUUGGAAAUUGUUUCGUCGACGCGGAUCUGGAAGCGCCAGGAAAAGGCGGCCAAGACCAUUCAGACGGGCUGGAAGGAGUAUUUGCGGCGCAAGCGCGAGAAGGAGCGCUCGAACUCCGGGGACAGUGCCACUCAGACCUCCAGUCCUGGCGGAUGGCAGUCGAAGCUGUCGGCCCUGAACUUCUUCCACCUGCAGGUCAGUCGUCGUGGCACCGCCUGCUCCAGCCGCGCCUCUUCGCGCAAAUCAUCGCGUGCCUCGGACGCCUCCGAUCUCAGCGAGCUGGCGGGGCCCUGGCUGAACCUGCCGCUGAUGCUCGUCUCCGGGGCCGACGACGUGGUCAAGGACAUCAAGCAGCAGAGCGACGAGCUGGGCAAACGUGUAUAUGAAAACUUAAGCCCUAUUUCUAGCAUAUCCUCUUGUAUCUCCCUAAACUAUGAGUCCCUGCUCGCAGACAUGGUCACUGCCGUUCUCAGAAGUGGCUCCCAGCCUAGUGGCUUGAACUACCUAGCCGCUAUGAACACCUCGACCACAACCAACACGACCACCUCCAACUCCUCCGGCACGGCCUCCUCCUCCACCGGCACUGCCGCCGCCACUGGGUGUGGCCCGCAUCCGCCAGUGGCAGCCGCCUCGGCCUUCGCCUCCGACAGCGACCGACAGCAGGCGGUGGCACGUAAGCGCGCCUCUAGUUUCAUUCGCAAGAAACCGCCCCUAGAAAGAGGCUUGUCCGCACAGAGCGCUUUAAGAGUUAACAAGAACGCUUUUGUCUCCGAAGCGCCCGCCCCCGAGGUGAUCGUCACGAAGCCGUCGCCGGACCAGCAGACGCAUCCGCACCAGCUAUCCCUGGGCCUGCGCCCGGACAACGCCACUCUGGUGCACGUGCUGGUGCAUCGCGAAAGCGAGGAGUACAAGGAGGAGGACGAGAGCAGCAGCCCCGCCUCGUCGCCGGUGAACGGAAACGGGGCUAAGCAGCCGCCGCCGCAGAUCCGCAUCAGCACGGGAUCGGUGGAGAGCAGCGGCAUGGACACGUGCCCCAUGCCCACGGUGCAGAUAAUGGUGGACAGUCCCAAGGAGCCGCCGCGCGGAGACUUCAGCGCCGACUUCUCCGCGCCCAGGGUGGACGUGGACGCACCCAUCGAUGUGAACGUGCAGGGUGACACCUCGCAGGUGUUCUACGAGUACAAUCCCGAAAGGGAUCCGCAAACUAAGGCCGAUGAUGAAACUGAAAUCGAAACGGAAAUAGACACAGAAAUUGAAAUUGAAGUCGGAUCGCUUCCAGACGAGCAGAGAUGACCCUCGUAUCCGGUCAGGAGCAGGCAGAAGGACUCCAGCAGCGGCACCAGCAGCACCAGUACCAGCAGCUGCAGUACCAGGAGCAGCUCAUCCUCGACGAGUUGACAAGCUCCGGCCUGAGUGCCGAUUCCUGUCACCACUCGUAGUUUGUUAGACUUAGGAAUAGGCUUAGGCUUAGGCUUAGGCUUAGGCAGGGGAAUCGUCGCCUCUUUGUUAUCAUAGUCGAUUGCCUAUAUAUACAUAUAUAUACUAUAGUCGCUUUAUACGAUAUACAUAUAUACACGAUACAUAUAUACGGAACUAACCAAGUUUAUACAUACAGUAACGUAACGUAACGUACAGAAAGUAAGGAAAAAUCAAUAUUAACUCUAUGUUAACAAGACGUGCAUUAAACCGUUGUAGUACUCGAAUCAAAAAUCAAAAGUCGAAUCGGAGUAGGAUCAUCCUGAUCGUCCUGUCAUUCGCAUGCUCGCUCGGUUAGUCAGAUCAAAUCGGUUGACAUUCUUGGACAUUUUUGAAGGUUGUUUUUGAACUAUACAAUAUACCUAGGGAGAUUGGCGUUGCAAUCUGGCGUUGAAACUCUAAUUGUAGCUCAUAGCUGUAGUGUUUGUUUUUCUCAAUUACUGAUUACUGAUUACUGAUUAUCGUAUCGUAUCGUAAACAUUUUGUACAUAUGCCAAAGGAAGUAUUUUAAACUAAAGAGCUAUUACUAUAGUUAAUCUUACAUAGCGUACAUAGAGCAUACAUACGACAUAUGGACAUUAGUUAGUGACAAUUUAAAGAAAUAUUUAUGAAGGUUUUUCGUUAAAAUAACGCCUAAUACGGAUUACGAUAGCGAAUAUACAUACAUAUAUCGAAUAUAUUAUCCAUUACCGAUUGUUCGAAGUACAAAAGCGAAGUAUUAGUAGAUUUGAUUAUUAUUGUACAUACUUAGUCCCCAGCUCUCUCUCUCUAGAACCCUCAUCUAGAACCAGCAUCCCUUCAGCAAGAACUUAAGCCAAAUAACAAUGUCAAGUGAUUUUGUACUCUACACACUUUUAGUCCCAGUCGGGACAUCUAGCUACACGGCACUUUCAAUCGAAAUCCAAUCGUUAUCCAGUUAUCCAGUUAUCCUGUUGUCCAGAAGGAAACUCGAGGCAUAAGCCCAAACCUAAACUUUUAACGAAACCGAAACCGAAACCGAAAACGAAAUCAAUCAGCAGUCCUACCUAAGACCUCAGUUGGCUCUCCGUUCCCCCUAUUUUAGUAAAGCUAACGAAGCGAAUCAAAAGUAACAAGCAACAAUUGUGGUCUCCUAUACAGAAAGCUUCCACGAGAACUCUAUUUUAUCAAAUAAUUUACACUUUACACUUGACUUCUUUGUAUGACUUUGAGAUAGUGGUGGGGUCGGGCCAAGUUUCCAAGAAACUCGCCUUGUUUUUUUACUUUUUAAGUGUUGUUCAGUGUCUCUCUCCUAAGUCGCCAUUGUGAUCGCAUUAAGUUUACACAUCGAAAGGGAUCGGAAUAGGUCGGAGUUGAUAGAUAUAUGUAUGAUGUACUAUUUACCGAAUUACUGCACCUGCUGCAUCGAGGGCACUCCACUUGAUUCCACUAAUCUUACUCUACUUUCAUAAAUUAACAACAGACAAUCAGACAGCGAUUGAUAGCAAAUUGAAAUUCUAUGGUACCAACUAAUCGUUUUCUCCAGGAAUAAAUCCAAAAGACAAAAACCAAAAAACCAAAAAACAAAAACCAAAUGAACGUACGUACACACAAAAACUUAAUUGUGAUUUUAACUGCAAUUUUUACACGAACAAACAAAAUAAAAACAAAAUACAAAAAACCAAAAAAAACAUUAAGAAAAGCAAACAACUAAGGUCAUAAUUUUAAAUUAGAAUUGUUAACAGAUAUAGACAUAUACGAAAAUAUGGGGAAAACCAAACAACAGACAGAAACCAAACACUCGUCAAUUAAGUGAUAUUUAAUACAUUGCCUAACAGUUGCAAGGAUAUUAUAUAUUGUACGACAUAGGAUUUACAAUAUUUAGGACUCGUAUUCGAUUGUACAUAAACGAAAAGCGAUAAGGAUAACGAAAACGAAAUAGCAAUAGACCCCUUCAUCCAUCAACCAUUGAACUAAACCCUGAAGACCCCUGAAAGAGCCCUGAAACCAGAGAUAAGCUUUAAUUUUGGUUAUCCUCAAGGAGCAGAUCGAUAUAAUGCGAUAUUAGCGAUUAACGAUUACGGAUUAACGAUUAACGAUUAGUCAGAGCGAGGCCGCGUCCUCCAGCCCAACUCGAUCACAGAGAUUCCAGGGAUCGGCUGGGCUGGGGGACUGGGCCAGUGAUGGUGUGGGGUGUUUAAUUUAGUCAUAGAGUAUAACGACAAUAAAACGAAUGCGGCAUAUUCAAUUAUACGGAAAUAGAAUCAGAAAUAACUCAAAUUAACAGCAGUCAGGCCACACACGCACUCACAGGAACCGAGGUAAUUAAUAAAUUAGCUUUAGAUAUUAUCAGUCGAACUUGUAAUCGCAGUAGAAACGCUUCGCUCCCAGUCAGGUCGGUACACGGGACGGGAACAGGAACAGGAACAGGAACCAAGGAACCCGGGGACAGAGAACAGAAGGGAACAGAACGGAUUAGGCCACGUUCUGUGCAUUUAAGGCCCAGAAGCUCCUUCUGCCUCGCAGCCAGGACAGGCAGGAUCGGAAGACACCAAAGGAUGCAAUACCUAUAGUUAGCAAUACGGCUGGUUUGAUUAGGCAUGCCUUACAGAAUACACGAUUUUAUUUAUAUAUACAUGUUAUUGUUGAGAUUUAAAGGUAUAUACGAGGAAUAAGCAAGUUAACGUUUCACCAGCAAUAAUACCGCUUGAGACCACGAAGCUCAGAGGAGGAGGAGCUCGGAGGAGGGCGGACACGAAGCUCUGAGAACUAAGUCAAUUAUUUUGGUUUGCCGCUUUUAAGGUCCUAGUCCUAGUCCUAGUCCUUAGUCCUUAGUCCUAGUUCAGUCCAGCAGCCAAGGCGCUAUCGGGUAACUCUUAAUGUUUAAUAUAAUAUUGUAACUAGCUUUUAGCUUAAUCAUUGCCUGCGCUCCACUCGCUCCACUAGCUCCAGCGGAUGAAAUCGGAAUUGUGCUCGUAGCGUUAUUUAUUAUGUUUUUUUUGGUCGGCUGACGGAAAUCAUUUGAUUUUGAUGCGAUAAUUGGGCGGAAAAUUGUUAAUGUGCUGCGGCCGGUGGCCACUCGGAUUUCCAUUGCCUCGUUAGUCCGUUGAUUCCGUGAAAUUCGAAUUGAUCCGCCAGCUUAGCUCUGACUCGCUAGACCUGACACUUCUGACUCGAUUAGAGAAUAUUUUACGAGGACGCGGGACGAUUUCUCAAUACAGUAAAGCUUAAGCAUCCAUUAACCAUUAAUAUGUGACUACUCACAUUUUGAACCGAAUCAUAUCAAAUCAAAACAAAACAAAAAACAAAAAACCAAAAACCAAAAACAAAAGAAAACAAAUCCAAUCCAAGUAAGGGAAUAACUAAGCAAAAAUCCAAAAAGAAACGUAAAUCUAACAUUUGAAAUUAAAUAUUUACUCGGGUACAAAAUGGUACAGUAAAGGUAUUCGUUUAUACAAUAUUUACUGUCUAUAUAACCAUUAUAUACUACUUAACUGAAAAUUAUUAACGGUUUUGUUCAAAUUUCAUUAUUCGUAUGUUAAUAAAAACAAUUUCCGACUAA